AAAUAAAUAAAUAAAUAAAAACUCUUGCAGAACCCGGGGGAACCUCUGGUGCCAGUUAUUGGAUCCUCUCCAUUCAACUCUUGUCCUUAUAUAUGUUUCUCAUCUCCAGGAACUCACAAUUAUAAACAAAUGAAAUUAAAAGAGACCUUGACCCAUUAGAUCAGAUAUUUUACAGCCAACUACUGGUAUGAAACUAUUUUAAUAGUAUGAAGGAGACAUUACUUGGUAACAGAGGGAAUGCAGUGAAGUUUGCGUAACAAGUCUGCGUUUGUUUGUUUUGAAGCCUCAAGCGACUAUUUUUUUGCACUUCCACGUGAGCUUCGUCCCUCAGAGGCUACGUGCGUAGGUCAGCGCAGGACUAUAAACGAGCCUUAAGUUUUCUUGUUCCUCCUGCGGCUCGUCACGUGACCGAGCUCUCGGCGUGGCCAUCGAAAUUAAAUUCAGUUUUCAUCCUCACACGAGCAAAGAUGAACCGACAAAUGGACAAAAAAUAGGGAGGAGUCGUCUCCCCCUCGAUGGGAAUCGAGCAGCGGAACGAAGGCAGAACCGAAUCAGACCCGAGCAGAACCGGGUCAACUUCCGGUACCGGGGAGGACUCGGACAUUAGCGGAGACAACUUCUCUGCUCAACAUGGAGGCAACAACAGAACCAGGAGACACCAGGAGUCAACAGCAGCUGUGACUCGUCCUCCGCCAGAUGUUGGUGUGUGGACUGCGAUGAGCCUCUGUGUGAUGAAUGUGUCUCGGCUCAUCGUCGAGUCUUAUUGACCAGGUCCCACAGGCUCCUCAACCAGCCCCCCGAAGCUGGCUACACGAUGGACGCGUGGAAGAGGCGGCGGUUCUUUUCAAGGAGGACACUGAGGACAUCUACCUAUUUGGAACCAUGAUUUCAGGUCUUUUGUUGAUUGGAUUAGGCAGCGCCCUGGUUUAUGGAGGAAAUCAGAAGAUGGUGACUGGAGCGACGGGCAGAGCUGUUGUCUCUCAGACUGUGGCUAUGAAUCGCAACAUGUGUAACAUCACGGAGAAGCUUCCGGCUUUGCAAAGGAGAAAGGAUCAAUUCAGAGUCCAGAAUGGACAAACAGAGUAGUCGCGCAAAAGAAUGCGUCUUCUCGCCCCAAGACCAAACAAUCCCAGUCUAAUCUGCUUUGGGCACCUUCACAGCACUGAGCUCGGUCCAAGCCGUCGCUGGAAACAUCUCCCCUGAAGGUCACUGCAGUGAGAUCCUCCCCCCACUUCCCACGGACACCUGCUGAUAGUCGACUCUGUCUGGGACCCGGUCAAUGUCGUCUCUGGACUGAGACACUGAGAUUGUGAUGUGAAGGCGAAGCGACUCCCCCGUACCCCCACAUCCAACGCCUUCGCCACUUUACCCUCAGUGUGACAAGUGGGUCCAUGACCAGCGCCGUGAGAUGGAAGCAGGAACAGAAGGGAAAUGUCUCCAUUCUUCCCACCAAGUUCUGCAGAGUUCAUCCGUCUGAGCCGCUCAAGCUUUUCUGUUUCACCUGCAGCCGCCUCACCUGUCGAGACUGUCAGCUGAAGGUCCACAUGAACCACAGGUACAACUUUGCCAACGAGGCAGAGGCCAGUCUGAAGAAGGAGCUGGAGCUCUGCUUUAGACCAAUCAGAGCGCAGAGAGAAGCCGUGAGGCGGAGCCUACAAGACAUGGAGAUCAGGCUGCAGGAUAUUUCUGUGAGUAAGCUGAAGCUGAAGUGUGACCUACAGAGGAGCUACCAGGCCAUGACUCACCUUCUGAAAAAGAGGAUAAUUGACGUCCUGAAAGAGAUCGAGAAGGUGUUUGGCUCAGAGUGUGAACUGAUCCAGAAGAGGAGAGAGAAGCUGCUUCAGUUGAACCAGAGUCACAUAUCAGUGAGUGAAACUUGUGAACUAGCCCGAAACACCAGCGACCUGCCGAGCCUGCUCACCUACAAAGAUCAGAUUAAGGCUCAGCUGAAGGAACUUAUUGAUCAAGACUCGUCUCCACCUCAGACCAUGCCUACCAUGGUGGUCACUACAAAUGCAGAGUCUCUAGCAGCUGUUUUAAAGUUUGGUGAACUUAAUAUUUCGUGGGUCCCCUUCUCCGUGUCAAACGCCUCCCGUGAGACCUCAGAACCUCCAGCUGGCUCUGACUCUAAGCCCCUCCCCUGCACCAAAGCCACCAAUGACGACUCAAAUUCUGAAACGUGCCUCGCCUCAUGUCCUGCUCCCUCCUCCUCCUCCUCUGGGUCGUCCUCCACCUCCACCUGUCCGUCAUUCACGAGCUCCUCUAACGUGACCUCACCUGUUCCCACCUCUGCCACCAGUUUGCCCCCCCCUCAGACCAACACCACCGGUGCCUUCGUAGUCCAGCAUGUGAACUUGCAACCAGUCAACAUCAGCUCAAAUCUUUCCACUAACACCCUUCAAGCCGUCCAGUCAGUCCUGGUUCUGAAGCAAAACCUUGGUUCCCACCAGAACCAGCACCUUAACACUUUGCUAAGCAACACGCCAACGAACCAGGUGUCCUACCUGCCCUUGAACCGCUCCGUUGUUGGGAUUCCAGUGAUGCUCUACCCCUCCCCUCAGGUGCAGAAACACUGUGGCCUGGUCCCAGGACAGUACAGAGCAGUGCUGUUCCAUAAUCAGGGGGGAACUGCUGCAAGAAUCUUGAGCUCUGUUGGACAGAACCACUCGUCGCCAUCAGACCUCCAAACCCUGAAAGACAAAAGCUCUGUUCUACUAAGGACUACAGACAACGAAAGGCAGCAGGAACCCGCAAAGAACAAACUGAUCACCUCCAAUUCUGAAGAACCAAAACGUGUGGAGAUAGAUUCUGAUUUGGAAGAAGACAAAUCUAUGGAAUACAAACUGAUCACCUCGGAAUCUGAAGGAACCCUGGAAGACAAAAGCUCUGCUGCACCCAGUAGCGUUUUAACCUUAGUGGAGCAAAAGGACUCCCCUCAGGAACCUCAGGACCGUUAUCCAAAGCUGUGGGGGUUACUCAACUCCACCCGUGAUCCCAAAGUCCAGCAGGAGGAGAGGCAACAAGAACCUGCAGAGAACGGACCGACUACCUCCAAUUCCGAAGAAGAAGAAAAACCUGCAGAGAUCGACUCUGACUUGGAAGAAGACAAAUCUAUAGAAUACGAACUAAUGAUCUCAGACUCUGAAGAAGACAAACCUGCAGGGAAAGCUUCGUCAGCGUCCACGUCAGACACUGAGAGUGAGAACUCGAGCUCCAUGAUUGAAAAUCUGGACUUAAGUCUGAACAAAUGGCAGCCCAGAGUGUCUCUGCUGAGAAUCCCCGAGUCCAGCAGCAAAGAUGUUUACCUGCAAGAAGUAAACAAAGACUUUCAGCCUCUCCCUGACGACAUCUCGGACGACGUUAUAGACUUAACCGAACCGCCAUUGUCUCCAGAGUCUCCGAUGACCCUGGAGAUACUUCCCUGCUCUGCAUGUGGAUCAGCCAACACUUCAAUCAUCUGUUCCGCCUGCUGUCGAGGAUACCACCGAGGCUGCCACCUCCCCCCGCUCGGACCCCAGAUUUGGACGGUGUGGAUUUGCUCGUUGUGUCAGGAUCUGUCGGACCCUUCAGACCCCUACAGCUCAGAGAGACCACAGAGUCCUCAGAGAACAUGUCUCAGUUUGCAGAACCAAAGGAGGUGCGAGACUCUCCUGUUGUUCCUGAAGGUUGAAGGUUGCUCUCGACUCUCUGAGUUUGGUGUUUGUCCUGGUUUGAAGGUGAUAUCGAAGCGUCUGACGCUCCGUCGCUAUCAGACGGCCGCUCAGUUUGUCCACAACGUCCGGGCUCUUUUGGAGGACGCCUCCAGCCGUUACCAUGGCGACGCCUUGAUGGAACUGAAGCAGAGUUUCCAAAAGAAGUUGGAGGAAACUCUGAGCUCAGAGCUUCAUCCUUCAGUCCUCAUCAAACCUGCUGCUAGAGCUCGAGGUCCAAACAUGUCACUGAGCGGAGAGGACGAGGAUGAAGAGUCUGAGAGGUCAAAGGUCAGAGAGGAAGCAGAGUCAAGACCGAGACUGAGGGAGACGAGGAAGAGGCUGAGGAACUACUUGGAUCUGAUGGGAACGAAUUCAAGAGCCAAGAAGACCAAGAUGGACAAAUGAGGAGAUGACAGGCUCCGCCUCCUUUAAAGUCACAUGACAGGAAGUUAUGAGAGACUGAAAAUUUCACACAAACCAAACCUUGGACCUAGAUGUCAAAGGACGGUGCUAAAUGAAGAGCAAGAAGGUACAAGAUGGCAGCUAUUCUUCAUCUAUGCAAAUACAACCAGAUUCCAGGUGUAGCAACCUCAUCAGAUCACAACUUCAUUUAAAGAGAACCUCAGUUCAUUUAAAGAGAACCUCAGUUCAUUUAAGGAGAACCUCUGUUCAUUUAAAGAGAACCACGGUUCAUUUAAAGAGAACCUCGAAUCAUCGACUCAUGGACAUACAGUAUAUUAUAGAAACGGUCUCAUGUAUAGACCCCUUCAUGUCCUACGUCACUGUGAUGUCGCUACGUUAGCUGGAGGCUAAACAGAGCGAAGCUGGAGGCGAACACAGUCACUUUAAA